AUGCAAUUGUUUAUACCCAGCACCCGUUUAUUGAGACCAGCAUUUUGCUGGAGAGUCGGCAGGCUCGCGCCCUUUGUUCGUUUCCAGUCAACGUUCUCUGCAGAGGAUCUUAGAAGAGCCAAAGAGGAGCGCCUUGCCGGGCUGGGAUACCUGACUAAAUUCCCUCCAAAACUCAUCCCGUACAUGGAGCUAAUGCGGAUCGAAAAGCCUAUUGGCACCAAGCUACUCCUGAGCCCUUGCCUGUGGGCAAUCACAAUGGCAGCAUACAUGUCGUCGGCGCCCUUGGCAUCCACCGUUUAUAUGAUGUCGGUUUUCGGUGUCGGAGCUUUCGUGAUGCGUGGGGCAGGUUGCACCAUCAACGACCUGCUCGAUAGAAACCUCGACAACAAGGUCGCCAGGACGAUGGAACGGCCAAUCACGUCGGGACGCGUCAGCGUGAAGCAAGCAUCGGUGUUUUUGGCUGCCCAAUUGGGUGUGGGACUCCUGGUGCUGCUUCAACUGCCAAUGGACUGUUUCCUGCUCGGAGCAUCGUCAUUGGCUCUCGUGGGCACUUACCCGCUGUUCAAGCGGUUCACCUAUUACCCGCAAGUGGCACUUAGUCUGUGUUUCAAUUGGGGAGCGCUACUUGGCUUCCCGGCCAUGGGAGUGUGGAACUUGCCAGUGAUGAUUCCUCUCUACUUGAGUGGAUUCUUCUGGUGUAUGCACUACGACACCAUCUACGCGCACCAAGACAAAAAAUUCGACGCUGAGGCCGGCAUCAAAUCCACGGCACUGGCCUGGGGCGAUAAAUCCAAGACCAUCUUCCAUGGCCUCACCGCCGCCCAGAUGGGAUGCUACACGUUGAGCGGAUUCCUUGCCGGAAUGGGACCUGGGUUUUAUUUCGGAGCAGCAUACGGCGCAUACCGCCUCUUGAGAAUGACUCAGCUGGUGGACCUGGACGACCCCAAAAGCUGCGGGUUCUGGUUCCGAGAGAACAUCAAAACUGGUCACACUUUCUGGCUCGGUAUUCUCGUUGAUUAUUGCCUCCGGCUGCUAGGAUACCUGUAA